CAAGAUGUUUAGAAAAUUGAGACGAGCUUUCAGUGUCAAGAGCAUUCUGUCACAUAACAUAAAGAAGAGGCAGAAUUCAGCCUUUGAGGAGGUAGAUAAAGGGCAGCCAUGUUUGAGCUGUGGUGAUAAGUGCCUAGGAUUUGUGCCCCAUAAAUGGAGGAGUACAUGUGCAUCAUGUCAUUGUGGUAGAGAAGAUCAUGACAUCAUCCAUGAUAAUCUUGUAACGGUUUUUGAGAGAUUAAAUCUUCCAAUUGAGGACCAUGCCCAGCUACAAAGGACAAAAGAGAAGGCCCUUGCUCUGGGAUACUCAUGGGUACCGCAAGGUCUAUCUGUUACUAAAAUUGAGGAAUUUAUGAACUCGUUACCCAAUAAUCAAAUUCCAAGACUACAUACCCCGGGUGAGAAAUACCGUGAUCGGCAGCUGAUUAUACAAAUACCUAAACAAGAUGUCUCGGAGGAGUUCUGUCACUUCCUGGGCGAUGCUGCAACCAAUGAAAGCUACACUCAAUUCCUAGAACUACGAGACGAGACGGCGUUUGGGGUCGGCAGAGUUAAAGACUAUUUACCUCAAGAUAUGGAAUGUUUUAAAUGUGGAGGAGAGAUCGAAGCCGGUGAAAUUGGUAUCUUUGUAGAUAAGAUGGAAGAAGAAGGUUCAUGUUGGCAUCCAUUCUGUUUCACUUGUAAUACAUGUGAAGAACUGCUCGUUGAUACUGGAUACUUCUUUAGGGAUGGACAGAUCCACUGUGAACGGCACUACGCAGAACUCAUAAUGCCCCGCUGUGCCUCAUGUGAUGAGCUGAUUUUCACCGGAGAAUACGUAAGAGCCAUGAACGAAAACUUCCAUAGUGGUCAUUUCUGCUGUGAGCAGUGUGACAAAGCACUGAGUGGCCAGAGUUACAUCUUAAAAGAAGAGAAACCAUUCUGUGUGGCUUGCUACGAUAACUGCUUUGCUAAUGAAUGCGCUGAAUGUAACCAGAAGAUUGGACACGAUAGUAAGGAUCUCAUUUUCAAGUCGAAGCACUAUCACGAGACAUGCUUUGAAGCCCGCUACACGUGUUCUAUGUGUAAGGCAUCUCUUGCAGACAAGGCCUUUGGUAACUGGGAUGGACAACUCUGUUGCCUCCAAUGUUACGAGAAGAACUUGGCAAAGAACUGUCAAGCAUGUGGAGAAUUAAUAAAGCCUGGUCAGGCUGGCGAAGGAAUGAAACGUCUUGGUUUCCAGGGCAAGGAAUGGCAUGACAAGUGUUUCCGAUGCAAGGUUUGUGAUAAACACAUCGGAGGAGGGAGCUUCGUACCCAAGGAAGACAACAUCUACUGCAGUUCAUGCUACGAGGAGACCUUCGGUACCAAGUGCGCUGGAUGUGGCAAGAUCAUCUCUACCGGUGGACUUCAGUACAAGAAUGAGCCUUGGCACAGAGAAUGCUUUGGUUGCGCCGAGUGUGGCAAGUCUCUGUACAAUACUCGCUUCACUGUCAGAGAUGAUAAGAGACUCUGCGCUGAUUGCUUCGGAGAGAGGUACGCCAGGAAGUGUUCGGAGUGCAAGCAACCCAUUGUUGGUCAAGGCGGAACUAAAUACGUCUGUUUUGAGCAGAGAAAUUGGCACAACAAAUGCUUCAACUGCAAACGUUGUCAAGUCUCACUGGUGAACGAGUGCUUUGUGACGGAAGGCGAAGAUAUUAUUUGCCCUAACUGUGCACAAGGCUAAAGAAGUACUACUUCUUAAAAACCCUGCCCACCUUACCCCCCUCCCCUACCCCUUUGCCGUACAAUCCCUCCCACCCACACCCAACCUCUAGGCCCCACCCUUAUUACGUAGCAAGUCAAUCAGAAUAUUAAUUGCUAGUUUAUCAUUUCUGCCACGAUUUUCAUCGUCUUUUGUUUGGACCAUAUAUCAGACAAGAAUUUAAUGACUGGCAGUGGAUUGAAUUCUGUUGUAAUCAUUGAA